CCGUCCAUUGCUUCAAAAAUUCCCCGCCACGCCACACUUCACCGCUUUGACCUCAUUCUUCUGCAUUUCCAUGUCUGAAGGUUCGCUCUGCUAGCUCCAUAGCUCGUCUGAUCGCCAUAACCACAGGUUCAAGGAAGUCCAAGGGUUAUUGCAAUGGGACAUAUAUCUCGAAUGACAAUUUAUUAGGGAGGAGAUGAAAAAUACACUUCGAAUACUUGUCGCAACAGAUUGCCAUCUGGGUUAUUUGGAGAAGGAUGAAAUACGGCGGCAUGAUUCAUUCCAGGCAUUUGAAGAGAUAUGCUCAAUUGCAGAACAAAAGCAGGUGGAUUUUUUACUUCUUGGCGGUGACCUUUUCCAUGAGAACAAGCCAUCACGAUCAACAUUAGUGAAGGCAAUUGAGAUCCUGCGUCAUCAUUGUCUUAAUGAUAAACCUGUGCAUUUCCAAGUUGUUAGCGACCAAACCAUCAAUUUUCCAAACACAUUUGGUCACGUCAACUAUGAAGAUCCUCAUUUUAAUGUUGGUUUGCCAGUAUUCAGUAUUCAUGGAAACCAUGAUGAUCCUGCUGGAGUGGACAACCUUUCUGCUGUUGAUAUUCUCUCUGCAUGCAAUCUUGUGAACUACUUCGGGAAAAUGGUUCUUGGUGGUUCUGGUGUUGGUCAGAUCACCAUCUGCCCCAUUCUUAUCAAAAAGGGUUCAACAUCCGUGGCUCUUUAUGGUCUUGGAAAUAUUAGAGAUGAAAGACUGAACAGGAUGUUCCAGACACCACAUGCUGUUCAGUGGAUGCGGCCUGAAGCGCAGGAAGGCUGUCAAGUGACAGACUGGUUCAACAUCCUGGUACUUCAUCAAAACAGAGUAAAGGCAAAUCCUAAAAAUGCAAUAAAUGAGCAUUUUUUACCUCGCUUCUUGGACUUCAUUGUCUGGGGACAUGAACACGAAUGUUUGGUUGACCCUCUGGAAGUUCCUGGGAUGGGAUUUCACAUCACACAACCAGGUUCCUCAGUCGCGACAUCAUUGAUUGAUGGUGAAUCAAAGCCAAAGCAUGUUCUUUUGUUGGAAAUUAAGGGUAAUCAAUAUCGGCCAACCAAGAUACCUUUGACUUCAGUAAGGCCAUUUGAAUACACAGAGAUUGUAUUGAAGGAUGAGUCUGACAUCGACUCUAAUGAUCAGAACUCAAUUAUCGAACACUUGGACAAAGUGGUUCAAAGUUUGAUUGAGAAAUCUAGCAAAAGGGCUGUAAACAAAUCAGAGCUCAAGCUUCCAUUAGUCCGCCUAAAGGUGGAUUACUCUGGGUUUAUGACAAUAAAUCCUCAAAGAUUUGGUCAGAAAUAUGUUGGGAAGGUAGCAAAUCCUCAAGACAUCCUUAUAUUCUCAAAAGCUUCAAGGAAAGGUCGCAGUGAUGUGAAAAUUGAUGACUCAGAAAGGCUUCGUCCAGAAGAACUAAACCAACAAAACAUAGAAGCCUUAGUUGCAGAAAAUAAUCUGAAAAUGGAGAUCCUUCCUGUCAAUGAUUUGGAUGUUGCGUUGCACAAUUUUGUAAAUAAAGAUGACAAAAUGGCAUUUUAUUCCUGCGUGCAAUACAAUCUUGAAGAAACACGAAGUAAAAUUUCUCAAGAUGCAGAUCCUUUGAAGUUUGAAGAAGAAGAUUUAAUUCUUAAAGUUGGGGAGUGCUUGGAGGAUCGAGUCAAGGAGAGGAACACCCAUUCCAAGAAGGAUAUGGCAUUCACAUCAUCUAUGCAGUCGUCAAAAGAUUUAGGCAGUAAAAGUUCCACGGCAGUUGGGUCUGCUGUUUCUUUCAGUGAUGAUGAGGAUACGGUAAAAGCAUCUGGGUCAAAGCCCACUAGAGGUCGGAAAGUAUCAUCUAAGGCAGCUGAUGACACUCCAAUUAAAACUUCCACACGAGGAAGGGGAAGGGGUAGAGGGAGGGGCACCAGUAGCCUGAAGCAGACAACUCUAGACGCAUCUCUUGGAUUUCGACAAUCGCAAAGAUCUGCAUCUGCUACUGCAACUGCUACUGUUCGAAGCAUAGCCGAUACAGAUGUUAUGAAUUCUGCUUCUAGCGGAGAACCAAGGGAAAAUGAAGUGGAAGAAAUUAAUGACAGUUCGGAAAAUGAUGAUAGUCUUCUCAGCAAAGGAAGAAAGCGCACUGCUCCAAGGGGUAGAGGGAGAGGAUCCACUCAGUCUAAACGGGGAAAGAAAUCAGACAACUCCGCAGUUCAGAGAACGUUCAUGGGUAGAGAUGACAGCAAAGAUGACAGCGAUGAUGAAGACAACGCUAGAAAGAUAUUAAAUAAGUCUCAACCUCGGGCGACGAGAAAUUAUGGUGCACUGAGAAAAGGUAGAUAGCUAAGCUACCUUUGCCAUGAAUGUAACCUCAUAGAUUCACUGCCAGCUACGACAUGAGGCGACCCGAGUCUUGAUUCGAGUUGAGAACAUAUUUCCUGUCCUAUCAACUCAUCCACCAUAUAAUUCAUGCCGUGUUAAAUCGUUUUUGUGAUGUAGCACAUUUCAGCUGGAGACUUGCGUUUAUUAACUGGAAAAGAUGGAUGUUCUGUAGGUGUUGGUUGGUAAGCAGAGUAACUUCUUUUUAUGUUUUUUUUUUGGCACAAUAGUGACCUUAGCUUUAUAUAUUUAACAAUUUAAGUUCCAGGGAGCUUUAUUCUAAUUAUAUAACAUUUUAUUUCUCAAUCUUUACUGGAUUAUUACUGUAUCGAUAGAGUCAAUUGUUUCUUCCAUUUUAAGAGGUAAAUCGGUCUUGAUGUAUAUAAA